CCCCGGUCUGCUUCUCAGUGUUUUCAUUGCGAGUCUGCUCCGGUCGAGCUUUUCACUUGUGCGAGACUUUGCGAUUUGGAAGUUUUCCAGUGCUGCCAGCUGUGAUCUUCACCUGUGCUUUACUACACCCACCUUAAAUCAUCUACACUACUGUUACAUCUCAAUCAGAAAACAACACACUGACUAGAUAAACAUAUUCAGACACACAAGACAUUUAUUUUCAAAGCUACACAUAAUAUUCACUAACACACACACUUUCACUCACAUACUAUCUUCCCACAAACACUGUUUCAUUAAUUUGGAACAUAUUUAAAUACAUUUCACAGUUUGUAUUUUCUCUGUUGCUUUGGUCUAGAUAACCUGUUUUUCCUCCCCCAGUUUUCUUCUGUUCUCAUUGUCUUAACAGGAUGCCACGCAAGGGACGACGCUCCGAGGCCACCAAGAAGAGAUGGAGGACCCUGGACCUGGAGGACCUGCAGGGCAGCCAGCCGGACGUCGCCAAGCCCAGGACAUCCCCACCCACCGCGCAGGCUUGGACCCCCACCCAGUCUUCGAAGAAGAAGGUGGAGGGAACUCCGACUGAGAGGACCAGGCCAGCCCGUCGCCAGCCCAGGAGAGCCGCCCCCACGUUGGAGGUUGACGCCCCCGCCGAGUCCUCUCCCGUGCCUCUCGAGGACCAUGUCAGGGAUGACAGCUGCCAGGCUUCUUCGUUGGAACCCUGCGCCAGCGGUCCGCCUGUCCAGACUGUGAGGGCCACACAUUGCCAGGCUGACUACAGAUACGGCACAUUUUCCCGUAAUCACCAGUGCACCUGUAUGGCUCUGACAUUUUUAGCGUACCACAGUGAGGGGUUGCAGUGUGACACAGUGUUACUUGACAGAGUACUUGAGCAAGGAGAUGCACUUUAUGUUGGCAUUAAACAGCAGCUCAUGUUGGACGGUAGAUUUGUUGAUAAUCACUUGACAGUUGAAGAGAUGCCCCAACGAGUACUGACAGACGGGAACAUCUACACUGUACACACAACAGGUGUAAGAGUUGGUCAUGUUUUGUGUCAGAAUGAUAGCCCUCAAAGAUCAUGGCUAAUGGGAUUGCCUCUUGCUUCACAACUAGAGUGUCUGUCUGAAAAUGUCACCCAUGCUUUUCUUUUGGUGAAUCCAGAGUGCAUUGCAGUUUUCCGGGACAGAGACGGUAGGUUUGGAGUUUUUGAUUCUCACUCCAGAAACUCAGCAGGCCUGCCCUAUCCUAACGGAACUGCAGUAGUCAUGACUUUUAGCGACCUAACGCUCAUGGUUGAACAUCUGUACAAACUCUUUGAGAACCGUGGCCCCUAUACCACGUAUGAGUUUGUACCAGUAUCGUUUGUCAGCGACGACAUUGGUGAUGCCCCUCCUCCGGCCUUGAGCAAUCUGAAUAUUUCACCUGGAUCCACACAAGCAAGCACAGGUGUUGAGAAACCAGAGAGCACUUCUGAUGAAGAGGAAAUGCCAGCUUGGCUUGCUGAAGUUGGAAAGAAGUCUGAUGUCAACCAACAGGACGAGAUGAAAAAGAUCAUGCAGGCCUUUUCAAAACAGUUAGUGCUCAAGAGUCAGUAGCCCGUACAUGUAGUCUACCCCAUAAAAAGUCAUCACGCAGUGUCAUUUUUAUCCAAACUGAUGAAGACUGUUUGAAAAUGAGCCUUCCCAUGAGCAAACGGAUGAACAUGGCCCCAGAUGAAUGUUUGGAUGACAGGAUUGCCUGAAAAAUAUCUCGUUUGGAAUGCGUAGCGGAGCGACCCUCAAUCGAUGAAAAUGAAGAACAAGACCCUGUCCCAGAAUACCAAGUUGAUGUCAACAGUGGAGCCAUGCCAGCAAUCGAAAUACCCAAAUUGAGCCCUGAUUUUAUUAGACAAAUAGUAGUUUAAAUGAGACUCAAGCGUCCAUCAAAAUCCAGACCCGUUCUUUUAUUUUUUGACUGGAGGGGCGGGCUGUGGCAAGUCUCAUGUUAUCAAAUGUGUUUACCAGGAAGCAACCAAGCUCUUGCGCCGGCUUCCCAGAUUUGGUGAUAUUGGUGACAUGUCUCAGCCCACGGUACUCCUCACAGCUUUUACUGGAACUGCAGCUUACAACAUCUCAGGCAAGACUUUACAUUCAGUUUUGAAGCUACCCAAAAGCUUAAAGCCACCAUACAAAGGACUUGGAAAUACACUGGAAUGAAGUGAGAGCCGUUCUUUCCAAUGUAGAAAUCUUAAUCAGCAAUCAAGGAGUUGUUUGGAAGCAAAGGAUUUACUCAACUCAUCUCGGAUCCAACAACGGAAAGGCAGACUCUCAUUGACCACAUUUACAUAUCUCAGCCAGAAUAUUGUGUUCAGUCAGGUGUGUUGCAGACUUAUUACAGUUACCACAACCCUGUAUAUUGUAUUUUGGCUUCAUUUUCAGCUGCAUCUUCACCAUGACUUGAGAGGAGGGCUGGGAAACAAAUUACACUAGGACAAUAGUCCUGUCAUUUUUAAUGGUACUCCAUCUUAGGUAAAAACACCAAAGUGAGAACAAAUAAUCAGAAUCAAAUGUCCUCAAUGAUUCGCUUGGAUACUGGAAAUCCAGUUGAUGUAUUUAACAGGUAAUAAGAAUAACGGUGUCGGCUGACGGCCUGUACAGGUCCAGUAACGGCUGUGAAGCUUAUUACUCUUGAAUACAGCUACUUCAGACGACCACUGAACUAAUUUGGAGACCAGUGCAUUUUUGAAACAUUUUAUUUAACUCCCCUAGAGAACCUGCUAGAGCUCUCUAGUAUUCUUUUUAUUUUCUGAUCAUGAGCCAAUGCUCCAGUCUGAUGGAGCAGUUUUUUCCACACUAUGGACAUUCUCCACUCCGCUCUGUUUUCUUGGCCAUUAUGUUAAUUUGCUUUGAGUGGAAAUAACCGUUUUUUGCCCAGUUUUAGUAAGUUUUUGCAGGCUUGAGAGCAUGCAACGCACGGUAUGACUCAUGAGGGUUUCAAGAAGAGAUGGAGGAGGCUGGACCUGGUCGAUUUGCAGAGCGGCCCAUCAUACGUCACCAAGGUAUCCAAAAUCUAGCUGAUGAUAGACUAUGAACCUAAAAAGUAUUUUGUAUGUUGCAAUUAUAGUAGCUGUUGGUAAAAGUUCAAAUAUAACAUGAAUCUCAUGAUUGUAAUGAUUCAUGUAUCCAUGCUUUUAGCGCAGGACACCCCAACCCACCUGGCAACCAAUCCUCCAAGCAGUCUACAGAGAACAAGAUAUAUGGCUUUCAUUUUGCUUUUCAUUAACUGAGUUUAGGAUAAGUUAUUUUCUGUGCUUUUCUCAUUGAAGUAAUUUGUCUCUUUAUGUCAAGGUUUCUGGACUCCGUGCCCCAUGACCAGGUAUGUCCAUGACAAGUUCAGGCUGGAGCGUCAACGAGGCGGGAGCAAACACACAGUCUGCAACCUCUGGACUUAUGUGGCUAUUUUGAACUUUCCUCCACUUCUCACCAUGAAGGCUCUGAUGUGAAGCAGCAGAUCACAUCCCAACAGGAAACUAAAGUGUCUCAAGUCAAAGAGCUUCAGAAGAAACUAUAGCAGGAGAUCACUGAGCUGAACUAAUUACAUGUAUUGCUUUGUCAGACCAAAUGUUAUUGUUCAAAUCCGUUCUGAAGGAAACUAAUUGUCAUGUUUGUCAUCGCUAAGGACUUCAGUCAUUUCAUGGUGCUUUCUCUUAGUUCUUCAAGUUUAUUUGGAUCAAUAAAUGUCUAUCAGUCGGUCGUGGCAGAUGGCCGCUCA